AUGUCUUGUUGCAGCAAUGCUCAAUCAUCAUCAUUGAGUGGUUUAUUAUUUUUCGGAGGCUUGACUCUUGCCACUGUAUGGAUGGGCAGAAAGAGAGAUGUAAACAAACAACAACAGGAAUCAGAUAAUACUACCAUUGAAUCCUUUAUUCCUUUUGUUAGAGAAAGAGUUGAAAUUGUUGCUGGAAAAUUAGGUAUUCCAAGCAAGGAUAUCUACCAAAUGCUUCCUCACCUGAGCAAAGAAACUACGGAAACAAAAUUUGAAAAGUCUAAUCUCCCUCUUUCUCAAUUCAUUGAUCAUACCAUUUUGAAAGCAAACGCAAAAAUGAGUGAAGUUGAACAAUUGUGCAAAGAGGCUCUCACGAAUAAUUUUGCUGCCGUUUGUGUCAAUGCUUCUAAUGUUGCAUUGUGUAAGAAAUUGUUGGAAGGCUCAAAUGUAAAGAUUGCUUCUGUAGUUGGAUUUCCUUUAGGUGCAACCACUGUUGAGAGUAAGAUUUUUGAAACUCGUCAAGUCAUAGACCUUGGAGCUCACGAAAUUGACAUGGUCAUUAAUGUUGGAAGAUUAUUGGAUGGUGAUUAUCAAUACAUAUAUGAUGAACUCAAACGUAUGGCCGAUGCUUGCAUUGAGAAGGGAGCUGUUUUGAAAGUCAUUUUGGAAUGUUGUUUGUUGAAUAAGGAUCUUAUUGCUGAUGCUUCCAUUAUGUGCAUGUUAGCGAAAUGCCAUUACGUGAAAACAAGUACUGGUUUCAGCACUUCUGGUGCAAAGUUAGAAGAUUGCAAGUUGAUGAAGGCAGUGGUUGGUAAUGUCGGUCUUGUCAAAGCUGCUGGUGGUAUUCGAGAUAAGGAAACUGCUUUGAAGUUUAUUGAAGAGGCCAAGAUUUCAAGAAUUGGUACUUCAAGUGGAGCUGCCAUCAUUGGUGGUAUGAAAGCAACAGGAUAUUAA